UCCAGCAAACUUGGUGGCGCCCCAGCGCGUGGGCAUGGUGCACGGCAGGGUCUCCCGGCUCUCGGUCCACGACGUGCGCUUCCCCACGUCACUCGGGGGCCACGGCUCAGACGCCAUGCACACAGACCCUGACUACUCAGCAGCCUAUGUUGUCUUGGAGACGGAUGCGGAAGAUGGACUCAAGGGCUAUGGAAUUACCUUCACUCUGGGAAGAGGCACUGAAGUUGUUGUCUGUGCUGUGAAUGCUCUGGCCCCCCACGUGCUGAACAAGGACCUUGGUGACAUUGUUGGGGAUUUCAGAGGUUUCUACAGGCAGCUCACGAGUGAUGGGCAGCUCAGAUGGAUCGGUCCUGAGAAGGGUGUGGUGCAUCUGGCCACGGCGGCCGUGCUCAACGCUGUGUGGGACCUGUGGGCCAAGCAGGAGGGGAAGCCUCUGUGGAAGUUACUUGUUGACAUGGACCCCCAGACGCUGGUGUCCUGCAUCGAUUUCAGGUACAUCACUGACGUCCUGACAGAGGAGGAGGCCUGCGAAAUUCUGCGGCAAAGUCAGGUCGGGAAAAAAGAGCGAGAGGAGCAAAUGCUGGCACACGGCUACCCCGCCUACACCACGUCGUGCGCCUGGCUGGGCUACCCUGAUGCCACGCUGAAGCAGCUCUGCAGCAAGGCACUCAAGGACGGCUGGACCAGGUUUAAGGUAAAAGUUGGUGCCGAUCUCCAGGAUGACAUCCGUAGAUGCCGACUCAUCAGGAACAUGAUUGGGCCUGAGAAGACACUGAUGAUGGACGCCAACCAGCGCUGGGAUGUGCCUGAGGCCGUGGAGUGGAUGACAAAGCUGGCCGAGUUCAAGCCACUGUGGAUCGAGGAGCCCACCUCCCCGGAUGACAUUCUGGGACACGCUGCCAUUUCCAAGGCACUGGCCCCCUUGGGCAUCGGCGUGGCCACAGGAGAACAGUGCCACAAUAGAGUGAUAUUUAAGCAACUCCUACAGGCGAAAGCCCUGAAGUUUCUGCAGAUCGACAGCUGCAGGCUGGGAAGUGUCAACGAGAACCUCUCGGUGUUGCUGAUGGCCAAGAAGUUUGAAAUUCCUGUGUGCCCGCAUGCCGGGGGAGUCGGCCUCUGUGAACUGGUGCAGCAUCUGAUCAUAUUUGACUUCAUAUCUGUCUCUGCAAGCCUCCAAGACAGGAUGUGUGAAUACGUCGACCACCUGCAUGAGCAUUUCAAGUAUCCUGUGCUAAUCAGGGAGGCUUCCUACAUGCCUCCAAAGGAUGCUGGUUAUUCAACAGAAAUGAAGGAGGACUCGGUAAAGAGACACCGCUAUCCAGAUGGUGAAGUCUGGAAGAAGCUCCUAACUGCUCAACAGAAUUAA